AUGCAAAGUCCUGAAGCUCAGAAACGUGUCGCUGAAGCAUACCAUCAAGCAGAAUGUAUGGCGCUAAAACAGAAGAUUCAGGAGAUUGAAAAGAAUCUUGCUGCACAGAAAGAACAAUAUCGAACCUUGCUAGAACAGCGUCAAAAACAUCCACCAGCAAGUACACAUUGUGAGAAAGAGAGAAAAAUCAUCUGCGUAACCAUGGCAAAUAGUUCUAAAGAUCUAGAUGUUUUCGGUGAUCCGACAGAAGAAAAAGAGGGAAAGGAACCUGAAAGCCCGGGUGAUGAUGAUGAGGAUGGUGAUGACGGUGACGAUACUAUCGAUGAUGAUGACGGUGACGAGGAUGACGAUGACGAUGACGGUGACGAUGAUCGUGGUCAGAAUUGA